UAACAGUGACAACAGUCCCAGGUUACUGUGGAAUGACCUGGACCAGCACCUAUCAUACUCCAGGAUGCAGUCAUGAAGAUUUUAGAAGACAUGUUCCGGAGUGCAUCACUGGCAGACUGUCGUACAAAGUAAACCCAGACAAGAAGGAGCUGAGCGUAAAUGUUUCAGACAUGCUUAACGAUCACAACUACCACCUCCGUCUCUGCCGAAAGGAUUUCAUCUGCUCUGGCACAGGGGCUUAUACGCUGAUAAAGAAGGAGCAACCCAUAAAGAGUGCCACCUUCCCAUACUCUCGACCUUUGCCCUGCCUGUGCAUUGAGGGCUGGUCAGCGGUGAUGGACGCCCCAAGAGUCCAGGUCUGCCCGUUCAAAGACCGUGUUGAGGAACUGUGGUUUGGAAUCACCUUUGAUCCACUGGAGGAGACUCUGUUAUGGGAGCCUGCUUGCCCAAUUACAGCUACGGCUGCAUUGUGUCAGAUGAGAGAUGAUGGCAUCUGUGUGGAUUUGCCACACUCCUCCCAGAAUGUUACCAGAGAAAAGAUAGCAUUCUCUAAGGUGGAUCCCCAUGAUCGACUGUGCGUCAAGUUUACUGUAGGCUCUCAGUCCUGGACCAGGUGCCCCUUUGCUGAUGGGAGACUCCAAGCAUGGGAGUUGGUUACAACAAGAACAGAGGGGCGUGAAGAAGUGAAGAUGCUGUCACAGAUCUCUGCAAACUUUUCUGUGGGGUUGUGCGUGAAGUCCGAGGGAUCCCCUGAGUGUCAGACCAUUGAAACACACAACGUGCAGGUGGAGAAACAAAAAGCUGUUGAUUUAAACCUGAAAGGGGCAUUCUGCAACUCAUGUCUUCAGGUAAAAAGGCUUGAUGUGGAGUAUGCUGCCACAGUCAUUCACUGUCUGAAGCUGUGCGGUGACUCAUCACCUCUUCGUUCAGACUUGACCUGGGUAUUUGUGCUGACUGGUGUUUGCCUCUUUGGAGUAAUAUGUGUCACUCUGGUGCUUCAUGUCCUAUUAACAGUGCAUCGGAGAAGGAAACAGAAAAUAACCGGAGUCCGUAACGGUGAAAAGCAAAUAGAUUCCCCUCCCACCUGUCUGGUGUCUGUGUUACAAACUCAGCCGGUUGUCCACGGUGGGGUCUUCAUACCCGAUUCACCGCAGUGCGGAAACAACGAGAAGGCCAACUUACUCUCUGAAUGACCAAAGUGCGAGGCAUAAAGAUGUUACAAAAGCAACUAAGUUCUCUGUUGAAUUCAGUAUAUAUUGUAGGCACUGACAUUUCAAACGGUAUGUAGCUUUCUGCAGAGGUGCUGGUUUGUAUGCUUGUUCUAGUUACUGGCUAAUGUAUUUUGUGUGGUUGUGUUUGUUUGAAAGAAAGUUGU